CUAAGAUCUUCAAAGUUUAAAUAAAUAAUUUAAAUUGGGGUUGUAAAUUACCGCUGUGUUUUAUUUAUCAAUAUUCAUUCUUCACCAUGGCGCAACAUAUGAACACUGCUGUAGACGAAGACGCCGCACUUUUGCAAUUUCCUAAAGAAUUUGAAAACGCUGAAACCUUACUUAUUUCCGAAGUUAAUAUGUUGUUGAAAUUUCGCAAGAACCAAAAUGAGAGUGCAGAAGAAGAACAAGAAUUUUCAGAAGUAUUUAACAAAACACUGACGUAUACAGAACAAUGUUCCAAAUUCAAAAACAAAGAAACCAUUGUUGCUGUAAGGAAUUUACUUGCCGGCAAGAAAUUGCACAAGUUUGAACUAGCGUCAAUUGGUAACUUAUGUCCUCAACUCGCUGACGAAGCUAAAUCACUUAUACCCAGUUUAGAAGGCAGAUUUGACGAUGAUGAAUUACAACAAAUUCUAGAUGAUAUACAAGCUAAAUUAAGUAUUCAGUACUAAUUAAAUUUUACCAAUCAUUUAAAAGAAUAAUGUUAAUGUAUUUAUGCCAAACCAUUACUUUAAUUGUGUGAAAUUUUUAAAU